AGAGAGAGAGAAUAGACAGAGGAAGGAGGACAGAGAAUCAUUUCUCUUUCAAUUUCUCCUUCUUCUUCUUCUUCUUCUUCUUCUUCUUCCAUCCAUUCUACCUGGUUUUUGGGUCACUCUCCCAUGUUCUUUCUUUUUGAUUUCUCAUUUUCCUAAGCUGUUUUGCAGAUCCAUUCAUAGUUAAGUAGAUUUGUUCUUGAGAAUUUGAGAGAAAGGUACCUGAAAGAGAGUCUUCUUGUUCUUGUUCUUGUUCUUGUUCUUGUUCUUGUUCAGAUUAAGCAGUUCCCAACCAAAUUUAGUAGCAGAUAUGCUUGCUACCAUUGGCAUUCUGUUCUUCAUCUGGGUUUUGAGCUCCUCUCUGCCUCCUCCUGCCAUGGCUACUUUCACCUUCAAUCUCACUGUUCCUCAUCUUCUUCCAGAUCCUGAAGCUGUUGCUUAUCAAGUUCAGAGGGCUGUGAACGAUUCCUUUUCCCGGAGGCAAAUGCUGUCCGUUAAUUCGAAAGAUCAAUCCAGUUCCUGUCAAACUGGAAACCCUAUCGACGAUUGUUGGCGCUGCGACUCGAACUGGCAAGCCAAUCGCCAACGCCUCGCCGAUUGCGGCAUUGGAUUCGGCCGAGACGCCAUGGGAGGGAAGGGAGGUCAGAUCUAUGUUGUUACAGAUUCCUCCGACUCCGACCCCGUGAACCCCCGCCCUGGAACUCUCCGCUACGCCGUGGUUCAAGACGAACCUCUCUGGAUUGUUUUUGCUGCAGAUAUGACAAUCAAACUCAAAUACGAACUCAUGAUGAACAGUUACAAAACCCUAGAUGGUCGCGGCGCCAAUGUCCAUAUCACCGGGGGCGGUUGCGUCACACUUCAAUACAUCUCGAAUGUAAUCAUCCAUAACAUUAACAUCCACCACUGUAUUCCUACCGGCCACACCAACAUCCGGUCGUCCCCCACGCACAUCGGAUACCGAGGAAAGUCCGAUGGCGACGGAAUCUCGAUCUUCAGCUCGCGUAACAUUUGGAUCGAUCAUUGCUCACUCUCGUACUGUACCGAUGGUUUAAUCGACGCCAUAAUGGGAUCUACCGGAAUCACGAUCUCCAACAACUACUUCUCGCACCACGACGAGGUGAUGCUGCUAGGGCACGACGACGGCUACUCGCCGGAUUCGGCUAUGCAGGUGACGAUUGCGUUUAAUUUGUUCGGCGAGAAGCUCGUUCAGAGGAUGCCCCGGUGCCGGCGAGGAUACUUUCAUGUCGUUAACAACGACUUCCGAUCGUGGGAGAUGUACGCCAUCGGCGGCAGUGGUGAUCCGACUAUCAACAGCCAAGGGAAUCGGUAUAUUGCUCCGGGAAAUCCCAACGCGAAGGAGGUGACAAAGCGCGUGGACACAAACGCGGGUGAUUGGUCGGAGUGGAACUGGAGGACGGAGGGGGACAUAAUGGUAAAUGGAGCAUUUUUUGUGCCGUCCGGGGAAGGACUGAGCAAUAUGUACGUUAAAGCGUCGAGUGUGGCGCCCAAAUCCGCCGCUCUUGUCGAUCGCCUGACACUCAACGCCGGUGUCUUCGGCGGGGCCAGGGAGAAUAGACAGAGCUACUCAUAUCCUGGAGACGAAAGCUCCUCUAGUUCGACUUCGAGUAGCAGCGAUGGCGGUGGUGACUAUUUCGGGAUGAUAUUCGGUGGAGGCGGGGGAGUGAAUAGUGCACCACCACCACCAUCUCUUUCGGUUGUUAACAUGCUCAUUCUAACUCUGGUUACUGUUUUAGUUGUGUACACGAACAACUAUGAGUCUGCUUUAUUAUCAUUGUAGUAAUUGGAGAAUUUCAGAAGGGAAAAAGAUAUAUAAAUCAAAAAAAGAAAAAAGAAAGAUCGAUCUUUUCACUUUUCCAA